AUGCCUGGAACAAAGAGUGCCAGGGGUCCCCAGAGAGCUGUUGACCUCAAACUGGACCUCAGGUCACCUCUCAAAAGUGCCAAGAACAAGGACUCCGGUUUCUUGGAUGGGCGCCCGUCGGAGUUGCCGGUCUUGGAGAAGACCAACGGCAUAACAGCGUUCCAGGCCUUGAUUCACAUGGUGAAAUGCAACAUGGGCACUGGGAUCCUGGGACUACCCCUGGCUGUGAAAAACGCAGGCCUCCUGAUAGGCCCGCUGAGUUUGCUGGCCAUGGGCCUCAUCACCUGGCACUGUAUGCACAUCCUGGUCAGGUGUGCCCAGCGCUUCUGCCACAGGCUUAACAAACCCUUUAUGGAUUAUGGAGAUACAGUGAUGCACGGACUAGCGGCCAGCCCCAAUACCUGGCUCCGGGACCACGCUCACUGGGGAAGGCAUAUGGUGAGCUUCUUCCUUAUAGUCACCCAGAUGGGCUUCUGCUGUGUGUACAUUGUGUUUCUGGCCGAUAAUUUAAAGCAGGUGGUAGAAGCUGUUAAUAGCACCUCCAGCAAUUGCCAUUAUAAUGAGACGGUGAUUCUCACACCCACCAUAGACUCUCGACUCUACAUGCUCGCCUUCCUGCCCAUCCUGAUGCUGCUGGUCCUCUUUAGGAACCUCAGGGUCCUGUCCAUCUUCUCCAUGUUGGCCAACAUCAGCAUGCUGGUCAGCUUGAUCAUCAUCGCUCAGUACAUUGCCAAGGAUAUUCCAGACCCCAGCCAGUUGCCACUGGUAACAAGUUGGAAGACCUACUCUCUCUUCUUCGGAACAGCCAUUUUUUCAUUUGAAAGCAUUGGCUUUGUUCUGCCCCUGGAAAAUAAGAUGAAGGAUUCCCGCCGCUUCCCAGCUAUCCUGUCUUUGGGAAUGGCCAUCAUCACUGCCCUGUACAUUGGCUUCGGGGUUCUGGGCUACCUGCAGUUUCAAAACAACAUCAAGGCCAGCAUAACCCUUAACCUGCCCAACUGCUGGCUGUACCAGUCGGUCAAGCUCCUCUACAUCGCCGGCAUCCUGUUCUCCUACGCCCUGCAGUUCUACGUCCCUGCAGAAAUCAUCAUCCCCUCCGCCAUCUCCCGGGUGUCCAAGCGCUGGGAACUGCUUCUGGAUUUGUCCAUCCGCUUCACCAUGGUCUGCCUGACAUGCAUCUUGGCCAUCCUCAUCCCCCGCCUGGACCUGGUCCUCUCCCUAGUGGGCUCCGUGAGCAGCAGUGCCCUGGCCCUCAUCAUCCCACCCCUCCUGGAGAUCACCACCUACUACUCAGAGGGCCUGAGCCCCCUCACCAUCGUCAAGGACGCCCUGAUCAGCAUCCUGGGUUUCGUGGGCUUUGUGGUGGGGACCUACCAGGCCCUGGAUGAGCUCAUCCAGCCAGGACACCCUGUCACCUUUUCCAACUCCACCAUUUUUAUUCAGUGAAAAUGGCACAGCUCCUUACCCACCAGCAUCUGACUGUUAAGGCUAUGGAACUCUUUUAUAUAUGCAUUAUCUUUAUUUUACAAGGACUCACCAGCUACAAGGCCUAGGUGGUAAGUAAAACAAAUUUUUGUUUAUUCCUUUUCUUUCCAUCUCUAGCUUUCUACUACAAGGAGAGCUCUCCCAUGGAAGGCUCUCCAUUCCACCCAACGUUUUGGCCAUUCACAUGGUGACUCUCACACCUUGAAUGGAGCUAUGCAAGAAGAAGCCACUGGGGGCACCCAAGUGGCAGCAACUGGCAGGAGGAGGUGUGGCCAGCUAAGGCUGACCCUGAUUUGACAGAGAAAAGGUUCCAGCAACCUGUGCCCAGCUCCAGCAUCAAGAUGAAUUAGGCCAAGAGGCCCAUUGUGAGCUGAAACUCUCAAACAGAGAAAAGCCAUCAUAUUUGUCAAGGGCAAUAAACUUUCUAAACCACUGGAUAAAGUUUUGGCCCAGUUCAAAGAUCCCAACAAUGGACAGGAGGCAUGAAGAUAAAUGUGCCAAUGGCAGGGGAAAAGGGAUGGACAAUGAUAUUAUUUGGCAUCAUUUACCUUUUAAGUCUUACAACACCUUGACUACCGACUGUGUGCCAAGCAUAUUCAAGGCUCUUGUAGUAGAUUGCAAACAUGGCCACAAAUUCUUCUUGACAAUGUGACUUUUCAGCUCCUCCCAUGAAUGCAGAUAGACAGACAGACAGAGCCAAAUGCCCACUCCUACCCCUUCAUAACGCCUAGUAGAAAAAUAGGCAAAUGCACUAGCAGGGAAUUCGUAAGAGAACAAAUACAAAUGUCCAAAUUAUGUAAGAUGUUCACCUGCUGGGGUCCAUUCACCUUCAAUAGUAACCAAAGAAAUAGGAAUUACUGGUAAAGUAACAAUGAGUCAAUUUUACUUAUCACAUUUCUAAACAUUUUAAAGAUUAAUAAAAAGUUGGCACUGGCGGAGUGUGGAAAAACUGGCACUCUUUUUUUUUUUUUUUUGGUGGUAGUGCAUUCGGUACAACUUUUCUGGCGGACAAUAUGAAUCAAAAUUGAAAAUAAGAAUAUUAUUUGACCCAACAAUUCUUCUGACACUUCCUCCUAAGGCAACAAUCAAAUGUUCAAAGGUAUAUUUAUAAAGCUGCUCAUCACUGAAAAAUUGGGUAUGUCCAGUAUAUCCAAUAGUAAGGGUUUUAUUAAUUAAAAUAAGGCACCCCCCCCAAAAAAAAACUAUACAAGGAAGCAAUUGGAAAUCUCAAAAAUUGCUGGUGGAAAUGCAAACUGGUGCAGCCACUUUGGAAAAUAGUUUGGUGGUUUCUUACAGACUUAAAAAUACACAAGCAAUCCUACUCCAAAAUCUUCACCAGAUAAAUAAAAACACUUGACCACAUGAAGUCUUGUACAUGAAUGUUUCCAGCAGCUUUAUUCAUAAUCACAAAAAAACUGCAAGUAAUCUAAAUGUCCAUCACCGGAUGAACGAAGAAGCACAUUUUGGUAUGUCCAUCCAAUGGAAUACUACUCAACCAUGAAAAGGAUUAAACUGUUGCAUUCAAUGACAUGGAUGAACCUCAAAAGCAUCAUGCUGAGUGAAAGAUGCCAGACGUAAAAGCUUACAUGUUUUAUGGUUGCAUUUAUAUAACAUUGUCAAAGAUGCUAAACCGAAUGGAUGGAUGUUGGAGGAGAAGAUUCACUACAAAGGGGCCUGAGGGAACUUUUUGGCAUGAUGGAAAUGUUAUAUAGAUUAGUGUUAGUUAUGAGGCUGUAUGCAUUUGUCGAAACUUGUUGAACUGUAUACUUUAAAAGGGUGAUGUUUUCUGGAUGUCAGUUAUACCUCA